AUCCCCAUCUAAAACCCCGCAAAAACCUUUUCUUAACCAAUGGCUAUAAUAUCAGCUCCUCUGCUUCUUCCUCUCCCUCAUCCCUUUUCAUUUCCCUCCAAACGCCACCGUUUCGGAACCUUCAAGGUUUCCAGCUCCAUCUCAUCCACUAAUGGAGCUCUGCUCAGAAGACAAUUCACCCAGCGAUACCCUCUCGUGUUUGCCAAAGCCUCCUCUGUUUACGCCACCAGAGAAGACCUCGACACUGUCAAUAUCGCUGAGGACGUAACCCAGUUGAUUGGAAGUACACCCAUGGUAUACCUCAACAAAGUUACAGGAGGUUGUGUGGCAAAUAUUGCAGCAAAGCUUGAAUCUAUGGAACCGUGCCGAAGUGUCAAGGAUAGAAUUGGAUGUAGCAUGAUAUCUAAUGCUGAGAAAAGUGGAUUAAUAUCUCCUGGAAAGAGUGUAUUAGUUGAACCAACUAGUGGAAAUACAGGACUUGGUAUUGCUUUUGUUGCAGCAACUAAAGGGUAUAAACUUAUAGUCACCAUGCCAGCAUCCAUAAAUCUCGAAAGGAGGAUUCUUUUACGUGCAUUUGGGGCAGAGGUUGUUUUGACAGAUCCAGAAAAGGGUUUGAAAGGAGCUUUAGAUAAAGCUGGAGAGAUUGUUCUGAGAACACCAAAUUCAUAUAUGCUUCAACAGUUUGAUAAUACCGCCAAUGCAAAGAUACAUUUCGAUACUACUGGGCCAGAAAUAUGGGAGGAUACCAUGGGCAGUGUUGACAUAUUUGUUGCUGCUAUUGGAACUGGUGGUACUGUUACAGGCACUGGGCGUUACCUGAAAGCGAUGAACAACGAGAUAAAGGUAGUAGGUGUGGAACCUGCAGAGAGGAGUGUGAUCUCUGGAGAAAAUCCAGGUUAUGUGCCAAGUAUUUUGGAUGUUAAUUUGCUUGAUGAGGUCAUCAAGGUUACUAAUGAUGAAGCUGUUGAAAUGGCAAGGAGACUAGCAUUGGAGGAAGGUUUACUGGUUGGUAUUUCAUCAGGAGCUGCUGCAGCUGCUGCAAUAAGUUUAGCAAGAAGGCCUGAAAAUACUGGAAAACUAAUCACGGUUAUAUUUCCAAGCUUUGGUGAGCGGUAUAUUCCCACUGUACUUUUCCGAUCAAUACAUGAAGAGGUUCAGAAGAUGCGAGGAAGAUAAACACAACUAUUCCAGACAAUGUAUCGUCCAAAAGAUUGACACCUAACAUUUUAUGAAGCAAACAGAAACCACCAUGUUUCUGA